AUGGUUUCAAAUCUCACUUUCCUCUUCAGAGUUCUACAAAAACGAACAUUUCUUUCCACCUUUUCUCAAUUUCGUUUUAUUAGCUAUAAACCUACUCUUAAUACUCCACUAUUUCCUUUUCCCAUUGACAUCAAUACAAAAUCUAAAGGUCCUACAUCUGUUGAUCAAUUUGAAUUGGUAAAAAACGCGAAUUUCAUUCUUCAUGACGGCCCUCCUUACGCUAAUGGUCCUAUUCAUUUUGGUCACGCAUUAAACAAGGUAAUAGUGAAUUCUUCGACAAUUUUAAAAGACUUCAUUGUGAGAUAUCAAAAAUUGCAAGGAAAAUCGGUUUCUUUUAUCCCUGGUUGGGAUUGCCAUGGUUUACCGAUUGAGCUUACAGCUAUUGGCAAUGACUUCUUACUCCCUCCUUCGGAGAUCAGGAACGCCUGUAAGAUCAAAUGGCUUAAUCCUCGCAAACGUGCAGAAUAUUGUAUGUCAGAUCAGGCUAAUUCCUUCAAACGGUUAAAUAUUCAUGCUGAUUGGAAUCACGCCUAUUCUACUCUUGAUAAUACCUAUCAAGCAACUGUAAUCCGAGCAUUCCGUGAUCUUCAUAGGAGGGGAUAUGUCAUACGUGAACAUAAGCCUGUCUACUGGUCAAGAACCACUCGAUCAGCGGUUUCAGAUUCUGAACUGGAGUAUAAUCCACAACAAGAAAGUCCAUCUCUCUACUUCCUUGUUGAGCUCCAUACCCAACCCCCUUGGAUUCCAACCUCUUAUAGAAAAUACGCCACUCAUGCCGUUGUCUGGACUACCACGCCUUGGACUAUUGCAGCUAAUGAAGCUAUCAUUUUCAACCCGUUCGAAGAGUAUUCUGUGGUAUUUGAUAAGACAACGAAGAGAAUUCUUAUUGUAGCGUCUUAUUUUGUACAAUCACUCUACGCGUUGCUAAAUUGUCCAUCGGACAGAUUUGAAAUCAUCACAACCGUUCAUGGAGGUAGCUUCGACAACUAUGCUUAUAAGCAUCCUAUGAAUCGACAAGUUCCCACUCAUCGCACAGAUCACCACUCCUAUCGAUUGAUGCCCGGAGACUUUGUGGAACGAAAUAAGGGCACCGGGUUCGUGCAUUGUGCACCUGCUCAUGGCAGAGAAGACUUUGAUUUCGCCCGGCGUCAUGGUCUUCCUCUUGUAAUAAUCAAACGAUUAGGAGAUCAGUUGCUGGCUUUGGGCACCAUCCAACACAGCUACCCCAUUGAAUGGCGGACUAAACAACCUAUCAUCACCCGUCUCUCCGAACAAUGGUUUAUUGACACUUCCAAGCUCGAAGAACGUGCCAAGGCGGCUUAUGCGACCGUGAAUGUUUUCCCUCCCGAGCGCAAGUCGAUGAUGCAGGCGUUUAUUGAACAGCGACCCUUCUGGUGUAUAUCCCGACAACGCAACUGGGGUGUCCCGCUCCCCGUUCUCUAUCGCAACAAUGAAGCAAUCGUGGAUGGUGACUUUAUCGAAGCUGUUGCAGAACGAGUUGCUAGGGGGGGAAGUGAAUUUUGGUGGGAUUCUAGCAUCCCUAACUCCCAACUUAUUCCACCAAGUUGUCUUGAAAAGGUAUUACGGUGGAACCUGUCGGCACAAUGUGCUGACACAGAAUUAGUUCGUGGAUCAGAUAUCUUUGAUGUAUGGUUUGAGUCUGGUCUCUCUUGGAAAGCUGUUCUUUCGGAAAACCAGGUCGCAGACGUUUAUGUGGAAGGCCUUGAUCAAUUUCGCGGUUGGUUCUCUUCCUCUCUUCUCCUUUCUGCAGCUCUUGUUGAAAGGGCUCCCUUCAAAGAUCUGGUAGUUCAUGGUUUCACUACGGAUGGUGAGGGACGGAAGAUGUCUAAGUCUCUGGGUAAUGUAAUCUCCCCUCAGGAGAUUCUUGAUGGCGUCGCCACCGGAUGCACUGAUGUUCUACGACGUUGGGCCGCAACUUCAGCCCUUGCAACUCGGUCUGCUGUUAGUGUUAAGGCUUUUACUGCACAUACUAUCUCCUAUAAAAAGCUCAGAAACAUGUUCCGUUUCGCACUUGGAAACAUCCACGAUUUGGUUGAGAAACGAGGUCGUGAUUGGGUCCUCAAUUCCUUUAUGUCCAACAAGGUAGAAUGUGCCACAUUCUCCCUACUAGAUAAAUGGGUCUUAUCAAUGGUUGGUCGAUUCUGUGCCGAUUGCCUUGAAUUCUACUACCCUCAACAUCGAUACGAGGCUCUUAUCGCCGCAUUGGAUCAACUUGUGUCUCGAAUCUCUACAACCUACUUCAAUGGCGUGAAAGAUGUGCUCUACUGUGAUGCAGCUGAGAGUGAAACACGACGAGGUGUUCAACAAACUCUCCUUCUGGUGACUGAAGUACUUAGACUCUGUCUUGAUCCUAUCUUCCCCGAUCUCAGUGCUGAGGUAGAUGCCGCUUUAGACAAAUCAUCGAUUGAAAACACGCAGCUGCUUCAUUUCGCCGCCACUCAUUGGAAAGCGGAAGACGCGACCCUUUCUCGUGCGGUAGCUCAAGCCGUCGCCCUACGACAAGCUAUUGUAGCUAAAAGGCAUCCUGACGGUCAAGAAUCGUCUCAACUUUGGUCAGGUCCUGCUGCUAAUCCAUUAGCUCGACUUCAUAUCAUAAUUCUGGAAGAAGGCACGGAAAUCAAAGGAUUAGACUCCAUUAAGCGCUUGAAUGAGGAGGUUGACCCUGACGGAACUUCCACACUCUGCAAAAUUCUCCGUUGUGCCUCCAUACGUUUUGGUACUACGACUCAACGAGAAAAUUGUAUUGAAUUGAAGUUGGAGAAUGUUUUAGGUGAGGAAGAACCAUCAGAAUAUCCGUCCCAUCUGACGUGCCUACUGAGAUUGGCCCACGAGUCAACUCAAUGUCCACGCUGUAGACGUUAUCGAUCGAUUAAUAAGUGCCUCUGUGAGAGGUGUGCUCCUGUAGUUUCCAGCUUGUCCUAUGACCAGCAGAAAAUGAACUAA